AUGUCGCCUUACUACUUGGGUCCGUCAGAUAAUCCUGGCACAGCAAUCACGCCGGUGACUCUGAAUGGAGAUAACUAUGCCGAGUGGGCAUCAGAACUUGAAAACGCCUUACGUGCUAAGCGCAAGUUCGGUUUUGUGAACGGAAGUUUGAAGAUGCCAGAUGAGAAUGAGAAGCCAGUGGACGCUGAGAUGUGGAGGACGGCUAAUUCUAUGGUUGUUGGUUGGAUCAGGGUAACGAUCUCGCCGGCAAUUCGUUCAACAGUGCCGUUCUCGCCGGAUGCGACCAAUAUGUGGAUAGAGCUCCGUAAGCGUUUCUUGGUGGGAAGUGCUGUUCGUGUGCAUCAGCUCAAUGCAGAGCUAGCUUCGUGUAAGCAGAGCGGAUCCAGUGUCAUGGACUAUUUCGGGAGAUUGUCACAGAAGUGGGAGGAACUCUUGAAUUGUAAACCUAUUCCAACUUGUACUUGUGCGGCAUCAGAAAUCUAUGCAAAGGAGUACGAGGAGGAAAAUGUGCAUCAAUUCCUUAUGGGCCUAGAUGAAGCGAGGUUUAGCAAUGUCUGUACCAAUAUCAUUGGGAUGGAAGCCUUGCCAGAUCUCAACUCUGUUUAUCAACGUGUGGUGAGAGAGGAGAAGAGGUUGGGGGCUUCACGUGUUGAGUCUAAACAAGCGCCAGUUGGAUUUGGGACUAUGAGUGUGCAGAAAGAUGGAGAGGAUGGAGUGACUGCGAUGGCUGCGGUGGCACGAAAUAGAAGUUCGGUUGUGUGCAGCAACUGUGGUCGAGCUGGUCAUGAAAAGAAGGAGUGCUGGCAACUGACUGGAUUCCCUGAGUGGUUUACUGAGCGGAACCAAGCUAGUGGACGAGGAGGAAGAGGUAGAGGUCGCGGGAGAUCAACCUCCAAUUCCACGAGAGCAAACAUGGUGCAGGACCGUUUUACGAGGACUCUUAUUGGAGCCGGUGAAGUGAAAGAUGGUGUCUAUGUUUAUCGGGAUUUAACAGUAGCGAGGGGUCACAGAGUUAAGGGUUCAGAGGAUCAGACUGUGUGGCAUCGUCGUCUUGGACAUCCUGCUUAUGGUGUUUUGCAGUUUUUGCCUUUUAUUUCUGGUGUUAAAGACGUCCGAAAUAAAUUUGGUGAAUGCGAUAUUUGUUUUCAGUCUAAACAAACAAGAGAAGUGUUUUAUGAAAGUCUUAAUAAAAGUUCAGCUCCCUUUGAUUUGAUACAUGUUGAUCUUUGGGGCCCUUAUCGCGUACCUUCAUCGUGUGGAGCGGGAACUCAAGAUGGUCAAGACGGUCAAGAGUGA